AUGGCGACCGCGCAAAUGCCUGGUCCACGGUCGGCUCGGUUGAGUGACGACGCCGCCACUGCUGCAUUGUAUGCCGUUCAACCACGACGCAAGGCGUCUGUUCGCGAAACAACUGUGACCAGCUCUAACCAAGGCGCGGUCGGUGGUGCCUCAAAUCUUAGCGCCGCAUCAGCCGGUGCUGCCCUCGCCCAUGCAAAUCGGAAACCAGUCGAAAUAUGGCGACCCGGACGCCAACCAGCGGCAGAGACAGCAGCCUACCGCGUAAAGGACUUUACGCCGCCCCAAUUUCCGCAACCCAAACCCAGCACCCAGUAUAGCGCCGAGGGACUGGGUGCCGCGAUCCUGGCCGUUCGCGAACAAAGAAACUCGAGUCUUUCGCCAACCCGAACCGCUCAGAAGCAGGAACAUUCCCGUCACCUUCAGAAUAAGGCGCGCCAGGCGGCCACAGGGGCCUAUGCCACCGGUCGUAGGCGAUCUGACUCAGCCCCAAGUGAGCCAACUGUUGCUGGUGACUCUGCAUAUGCCCUCAAGGCGGCUGGCACAUCGCACAGACUCAAAAGAGAAGAGGAACAGGAUGAAGGCCCGCUUUCUCACCUGGACAGCGCGAUGGAAGCGAGUCGCAUUCGUCAUAUUACCAACACCAAUGCCAAACUUUAUACCUCGGCUCCCCCGGUCGCCAGCGAAGUUGAAGAACGGAACCGACAAAACUCCCUUCGCGCUGCAGCUAUCUCGAUGGCUAAGGAUAUGUAUGAUGUGACGGAGGCCAAAAACAAUACAGGCAACCGUGACUCUGCUCUACAGGCAGCACAAAGGGGCUCAGAUCGAUCUCAGUCGCGGAAGACUAUUAGCGGAGUUGAGGGCACUACUGCUCAACGAGCGAUGACCCUUCAAGAAGCUGCCCAGAAACGGGCCGCCGAGAAACUAGCGCUUAUGAAAAACGACCACGCCGAGCUCCAAAAUUACUAUGGAACUGCGCCACAACCUCCACGGUCCCGCCUGACCACUCGUCGAAAGAGAACAUCCAGCGACGCAGAUGUAACUCAGGUAGACGCAGAGCAAUCAAGACGUAUCCGCAAUCAAAUGUUCAGUCUGCGAAGUAAACUGAACCAAGUGGAUGAGAAAAGGACCAAGGAUCGUGAGUUACUCAUGUUGGCAGCACAGCGUAAUGUCAAUGCGACGAUGCAGGGCAUGGACAAGAAGAUGUAUGCCGACACCGGUCGUGCUCCGCCAUCUCUUCAAAGAGAAUGGGAUGAUGCUGCCCAUGAGCGUGCCCGCCGAGAGGCUGAAGCUGUCGAGGCAGCCAGUGCGCAUGGGAACCGAAUUAAUAUCGGAGGUAAUCAGUACAUGGAUAUGGCUGAUGUGGAGGCCGUUGCACGUAACCGUCUUCAGCCAACGCUGGACGAAAUCAGCGACAACGCAGAGCAGCGGAGGGCUCAAGAACUAGAAGCCCGCCUUGAUGCAGAGGAGCAACAGAGACGUGCCGCGAUAGAGAGGGAGCGCGAGGCUAGUUUAAGCAGACUUACAGAGGGUCAAAACAAAGGUGGUGCCGAUAAAGAGAAGCGUCAUAGCAAAGGCAUGAGCUUCUUGUUAUGGAGAACAAAGAGCAAACUAUCUCGACAGGGGAGGCCGACAUCGAGAGAAGGCGGUGCUACUGGUGCUCAGGAGGCCACGGCGGAGGUAAAGAGCCAUGAGCAGGCGCUAGUAGUGCAGGACGAGGCCGCGCCAGAGGUGACCGCCCCGGAGGUGGCCACAGAGGAGCCCGUUGCUAUAGGUGCCGGUCCAGCUUUGAAUGAAGAGUCUGAGGAGGAACCAAAGGCAGAGCCUGAGCCUGCUUCGGUGGAAACCCCCGAAGCCUCCGAAGCAGCUGCCCCAGCUGCCCCAGCUACUAUGGUCACCGCUGCUCACAUUGGAGCCCCAGUGACCAUUACCGAGCCCAUUGAAUUUAGUGGGCGCCCCGGCAUGGUUGGAAGGUCUUUGACCACCCCACGAGAUGCUGCUGCUGUUGGCGGUAGCAUAGCACCUAUGCAUGUUAUCCGGCCCAUCACCAGUCCUCGAGCAGACUCUAAGCUGAAGACCUGGUUCCGUGAUAGACUUGUCCGUCGUUCCAGUGGGCCGGUGCGCGUUUACCCCCACCAGCCUGGUCCAGAAUACAAUCGCAGCGAAAGUAGUAUUGGAUUUAGCGGCGGCGCUGCACUAACCGGCAGACCUGAAUCUCGCGGGGCAGCGCUUGGCUCGCACCCCGUCUCCGGCGAUGACCUAGAUCAGAGUGAGCCCGCUCGCAAUGGUAGUCUAGAUGUGAACAAGACUAAGAGUACCAGCGAUGACUCCAAUGGAAGCUUCGAGUUUGAAACAAAUGGCAACCGCAAGAGCAAGAGGAUGAGCUUCCGGAAAACUUUCUUGAGAAGCCCCUCUCGCACCGAUGAGCCCAAGACCAACGGCGCAUCCCAUGGUUUCUUUUCGCGAAAUUCCGAUGUGCCUGAGACUAAGGUUCACGGCACCGAUCUCACAAACUUGAGAGAGAGUGCUACGGACCAGGGUCUUCCUGUGCCUCCAAUCCUGGGGGAAAGUACUAGCACUGGUCGAGAGUCGCGAUUUUCUGAGGAUCUUUCAUGA